CGUCUAGUAUAAGUCGGAAGUUACGCAGAUACCGGUGGGACGGGUUGCGCUGUUCCUAUAGAGCUGGUCGCUAUUCCUCAACCUGUUUAAGGCAGGUCGGGGCGCGUGCCGGAGGGGCGUUACGGAGAUAGCGUAGGGAGGCGCCGCUGACCGUCAAUUGAUUCCUGCUCCUAGGACGUGGCGGGUCCCAGGCAGAGUCGCCUGAACGAGAAGGCAGGAGACCCCUGAGGAGAGCGCGGGCAGCUGGGCUGGGGCCAGACCCGCCUGCCCCGAGCCGGACAGCUAGAGCCCCCGGCUCUCGGCGGGCGGGCGGGCCGGGCUCGGGGCCGCGCCAUGUGGCCGCGGUCGAUGUGCGUGGCCCUGCUGGCCCUGGCCGCGGGCUACCUCUUCGUGCGGGAGCCCGAGCUGCCCGGCGCGGCGCUGCGCUACCUGGCCGGCCGCCUGUGGGCCGAGCCGGCCGAGAGCAGUAUGGCGGCGGCCUGGGAGGCGCUUAUCACCCGGCCCGCCCGGCCGUGGAGCAGAGUGGCCGUGGGAGUCAAUGCCUGUGUAGAUGUAAUCGUCUCCGGUGUGAAGCUGUUGCAGGCACUUGGUCUUGAUCCUGGGGAUGGGAAAGAUCAUGCUAUCUUGAAUUCCAGAAAGGACCUGAAAGAAGCCUUCAUUCAUUUCAUGCAGAAGGGGGCAGCUGCUGAGCGCUUCUUCAGUGAUGCGGAGACCUUCGAUCACAUUGCACGAGCAGCCUCAGAGUACCCUGGGGCACAGCUCUAUGUGGGAGGAAAUGCUGCCCUAAUCGGUCAGAAACUUGCAACAAAUCCAAACCUGAAGAUCCUUCUUUGUGGUCCAGUUGGUCCUACACUCCAUGAACUACUUGAUGAUAAUGUAAUUGUCCCACCAGAAUCUAUGCAGGAAACUGAUGAAUUCCACCUCAUCUUGGAGUAUCAAGCAGGUGAAGAAUGGGGACAGUUGAGAGCUCCCAAUGCCAACCGCUUUAUCUUCUCCCAUGACCUAUCAAAUGGAGCCAUGAACAUGCUGGAGGUGUUUGUGUCCAGCCUGGAUGAGUUUCAGCCAGACCUUGUAGUGCUCUCAGGGCUUCACAUGAUGGAAGGGCAGAGCAGGGAAGUGCGUGAGAAGAGACUUCUGGAGGCUGUGACUUCCAUCUCUGAUAUCCCCACUGAUAUCCCCAUACACCUGGAAUUGGCCAGUAUGACUGACCAGGAUCUCAUGAGCAAGAUUAUGAAUCAGCAGGUCUUCCCCCUGGUGAACUCUGUUGGGCUAAAUGAACAGGAGCUGCUGUUCCUCACCCAGUCAGCCUCUGGUCCUCAUGCCUCCCUUGGUUCCUGGAAUGGAGUUCCAGAUGUGGGCAUUGUCAGUGACAUCCUUUUCUGGAUCCUGAAGAAGCAUGGAAGGACCAUGGACAAGGCAUCUGAUCUUACCCGCAUCCACUUCCACACACUGGCCUAUCACAUUCUGGCUACAGUGGAUGGGUAUUGGGGCAACCAGAUAGCAGCUGUGGCUGCUGGAGCCAGAGUGGCAGGGACACAGGCUUGUGCAACUGAAACCAUUGAUACUGACAGAGUCUUUCUUAAAGCUCCCUUGGAGUUUGUGACCUCCCAUACGGAGGCACCCUCCAAAAUCUCUUUAAAUCCAGGUGAUCCAGUGGCACAAUGGCACAGAGAGGGAAUCUCAUUCCAUUUCACCCCUGUUUUGGUGUGUAAAGAUCCCAUCCGGACCGUGGGACUUGGAGAUGCUAUUUCAGCUGAAGGACUCCUAUAUUCAGAACUAUACCCUCAGUAGCCUAUGGAAACGAGACACCUUUUUCUCCAAGAAUAUAGUGUCUGAGGAAAUGUGGUGUUCUCAAGGGGAUUUCAGACAGUAUGGUGAGGGGUGGAAUUUGGGAUACUAAACAGUCUCUGGAUAUUACCUGAGAAGAGCCAAAGAAUACAUUCCAGCCACUUGGCAGUGACUUGAGAGUGUUUCUCAUGUUAAUGUAAAGUUGUAGGAUUUUAAUUCAGAGACUGGCUUUUUGUCUUUGUCUUAAGCAUGUCGGGAGGAGGGAAACUGAUACCAAAAUCCCUGUUUGGAACAGAGUUGCUGAUUGUUAAUUUAAGCCAGUUGUGUCUAUAGUGCUUGAAAGCAAGGCAGCCAGACAGAAUUUCAUGCUUAUGAAUCCCAGGGAGUACACAGCAGUCCUCAGCCCCAUCUUGCUUCUGAUAAAGCAAAAAUAAAAGGCUCUUGCAUUAUCUCCUAGCAGCAUAUUGCUACAUGGCAAGAGCAACCCUUCCACUUGCUCAGUAUUGUGAUCAUAUCACUUAUUGACAAAAUUACCUCUCAACCUCAGCACCCCAAGCGUAGGAGGGAGCCAGAGUAAACAGUGCUGAAAUGUGAUACGUACUGUACAUAUUCCCUAUAUGCACAGAGCUUCAGUGGAAGCUCUGUAAAUUGUUUGGGGUAUCUGUGCAGCUGGGUAUCACCUGCAAGCUCCUUUUUAAUUUCUGGGUAGGGCAGAGUAAGAUACUGAAGACCUGUCCUUUGGGAGAUAGCUUAGGUGCUUGUUUACCUUAAAAUGAGCCUCAAAUCUAAAUGUGCACAGAAAUCGCCCUGUGUUUCAGCUAGUGAGGCUCACCAUUCUUUCCUUUGUGGUGUAUGCUCAUGCCAGCCUCAUCCUCCAGUUUAUGGAUAGGCUAUUGCUGAAGACGACUUGAUUUAUUUUUAUGCUAGUGCUGUUGCAUAAUUUUCUUGGACCUGCAUAUCUUUGAUUUGGAGGGGUUUUGUUCUUUUGGGUGGUCUCUGGAUAGGUAAGUCAUUACUGGUUUUAAGGUAGCUGAACUGACCUGUCCUUCACAUGCUAGAAAUCCUCUCCAGGUACUAAUGAGAAAUGCUAGGAAGAAGACUUCCAGUUGAGAUUGGAAGUAUGUUUGGUGUGUGUAGCACAGUUUAUUUAUUAUGAAUUGCCUACGUGCAUAUAAUUCCACUGCUUUAGGCAACCUCGUACAUCACAGAAACAGAGCAUGCACAUCUUACUGUCAGCACCACAAGAAAAUUGCCUUGUAGCAUAUAUUUAGCUUAGCUUUUUUUAAAAUUAAACAUUGUUUAGAGUAUCAUUUUUCUCUUGGUACCACUUGUCUCAAGAGCAUUGUACUAAGGCUUUCUGUGUUGCCUGCUUCCCUUUGAGAAUUAGCUGAAACUGUAAGCCUACGCUUGCACAGAAGCAAAAUACAACUCUACUUCAGUGUUGAUUGAAAACUCG